AUGGAAAUCGGACUUAAGGAAAAGAGGUUUAACAAAGGCCCCAUCUUACAACAGGCGUGUUUGCCGAUGGAAUAUGUUAGAAUAGCUAAACAAAAGUAUCAAGAGGCUUUAAAUCAACUUAAAGAGAAACAAAUUGUUUGGGAGAAAUAUAAGAAGGACUAUGUGUCUGUUUCGGAGCUUCUUUCACGGCUGCCUGAAGUCACCAGACAUUCCGUCAUGGUACCAAUAACAAAGGUGGCCUUCAUUCCCGGCGUUUUGGUACAUACGAAUGAAUUUCUGGUCUUGAUUGGCAGUGAAUACUUAGUUGAAAGAUCAGCUAAACAGUCCUUGGAAAUAGUUGAUAGACGUUUGCAGUUUGUUAUGAAUAAGAAAAAGGAAAUUGAUUUACAAGUUGAGAAUUUCAAAGCACGUAUUGAGGCUGCUACGGAAAUUAUGGCUCCUUCUUACGAUGAAGAGGGAAAUGAAAUUGUUGAAAUUAAAGAGUGCGCUCCCGAAGUAACGCGUGACGAUUCUAACAUACUUUAUGGGGACGACUUCAUUACAGCUGUUAACAUGGAUGAGGACAAUGUUGGAAAAGCUUUAGAUGUUGUAGAGAAACAGCAGGAUUUCCGAGAUGAAGUUGAUGAGGUCGAAGUUGCUUUAAAAGAAAAGCGUACUUCCAAAUUUAAAGCUCAACGAAAUCUUGAAAAAAGGGGUUCUUGA